AUGCAAAAUUUGCCAUAUGAGGGUGUAGAAGGUAAAUGCGGCUUUACAAAAAUUUGGAAAAUUGAUAACGACUUUAAAGUUACGAAAUGUAACAAAGAAAUAGAACAUGGUGGAAUAGUUCAGUUUCUUCCUAAACAUCGUUUAUCGUAUUCAUCAGGUUCCGAUGAACUUCUAGAUGAUGUUAAAAUGUUUGAUUUUCCUGAAAGAAUAGAAGAUGCUUUAAA